AAACAAAUAUAUAUAUAUAGUUUAGAGAGAGGUGAUGAUGAUGAUGAGAGAUUCAGAGUUACAAUUGUCCGUAAAAGUUUCAUUAAUAAAGGUGAAUAAAAUGAGAACUAAAACUUGGCCACGCCCACUAUUAUUUAUCCUUAUCGUAUUGUUCGUUUUCCAGACUAAUCUCCAUACCACCCAUGGUGACGUCGGCACCUCAGCUCAUUACUCUCCUCCAUAUCUCCCGACGGCGUGUUACGACAGAGACUCAUCGCAAUUUCCGUCGAGUAAUUUGUUUGGGGCGGCUGGAGAUGCGAUCUGGGACAAUGGGGCCUCGUGCGGAAGACAGUACCAAGUGAGGUGCAUCAGCGCAUCCCAACCUGGUACUUGUAUCCCGGAUAAGACUAUCCUUGUCAAGAUUGUCGAUUACGCCGGUUCUUUGGUUUCCGCUCCCUCAGCCACUGGCACAACCAUGGUUUUGUCCCAAACCGCUUUCGCUGCAAUUGCCAAUCCAACUGCCUCCUCCAUCAAUAUUGAAUUUCAGCAGGUAUGAAUAUGAUGAUAAAGGAGAAGGAGAGGGUGAAAUUUGAAGCUGAGAAUAUUGGAGCACUAUAUAUGUAAUUUCGAUAGGGGAAAUUGUAAUUAUUAUUGUCAUCUUUGAUGUACAAAUAUUGGGUUUAUUAUUAUAUAAAAAUAUGAAGUGGGUUUUAUUUGGAUUCAGAUGGAUUUCAUAAUUAUUCAUUCAAAUAAUAAUUAAUAUUAAUGAUAAAUAAA